AUGGCUUCUAAUCAGUUUGAUUCCCAGGCCUCGACCAACUACAAGGAGGCUUUUGCCCUGUUCGACAAGCGCGGCAACGGUCGCUGUGCCGUCGACUCGCUGGGCGACCUGCUGCGAGCAUGCGGCCAGAACCCCACGCUGGCCGAGAUCCAGGAGCUGGAGAAGGGCCUUGGAGGCGAAUUUGAUUUCGAGACCUUCCAGCGCAUCCUGAACCGACCCGGCGGAUUCCGCGACCCUGGCGAGCCCGAAGAAUACUGCCGUGGCUUCCAAGUGUUUGAUAAGGACAUGACGGGCUUUAUCGGCGUCGGCCAGCUCAAGUACAUCCUGACCAACCUGGGCGAGAAGAUGACGGAGGAGGAGGUCGACGAGCUACUAAAGGCUGUGGACACCAGCUCUGGCCAGAUCAACUACACCGACUUCCAAUUCACACUGUUCAAGCCAAAGCCGCGUUCUGCCGCGUCAACUGUCUCGUCUCUGGGCAUCAAUCUACCUACCCCUCACCAGCACUCAAUUUCCGCCCUUCUGGUAGGCCGAUCCAACAUCACGCUGUCAUACGUCCUGCAGUCCGAGCGGGCCAAUUUGGGUCAGAACCUCCGGCCAAGCUUGUACUUCCCCCUCCUUCUCCUCCUCUCCCUCCUCGUGCUCCUUCUCGCCGCAACCCUGGCUUCCCAACGAGCUCUUCUGCGCCUCAACUCUCUUGCGAGUCACGUACGGCUGCAAGGCAUCGCCCGUCUUCCGUCAUACCGUCGCUUCUUGACCACCGGCAGCAUGGCUCCCGAGCAGUUUCGAAACCCGCCGCAGCAACCGCCGGUCUUUACGGCCACGGCCGAAUCCAUCCUGGCCGAUGCGAAGAGGAGCGCUGACCAGAGCAAGAGUGUCUUGGAUCAAAUCGUUGCCAGCGUCACCCCCGAGACUGCCACCUUCGACAACACUCUCAAGCCCAUUCUCAUCGAUGGCAACGAUUCCACGGGCCCCCAGAACAUCCUGACCUUUUAUCAACAUGUAUCGACAAACGAGUCCCUCCGAGAAGCCUCCACCAAGGCGGAAGAGCUCUUGAACGAUUUCUAUAUUGAAGCAAAGAUGCGGGAGGAUGUGUUCAAGCUGGUGGACGCCGCCUAUGCCACUCGAGCGUCUCAGAACUUGGACAAGGAGUCGCUCCACAUUCUGGAGAAGGAACGCCAAAAAUACAUCCGCAACGGCUUGCUUCUUCCACCCGGAGAGAAGAGAGACCGCUUCAAGGAGAUCCAGAAGCGUCUUAGUCAACUCUGCAUCCUGGGCAAGAAGAACCUCAACGAGGAAAAGGGUGGACUCUGGUUUACUCCCCAGGAGCUCGAGGGAGUGCCCAAGGAUGAUAUUGACGUCGACACGCUCGAAAAAGGAACCGGCGAAAACGAAGGAAAAGUAAAGGUUACUUUUAAAUACAACCACUUUACCCCCUUGAGCAAAUAUGCUAUACAUGAAGAAACCAGACGCAGAUAUAUGAUUGCGGAUGCCAACAAGGCAAACAACAAUGUCGAAAUCUUCAAGGAGAUUAUGGUACUUCGAGAUGAAGCUGCUCGACUUUUGGGCUACCCGAACCAUGCAAGCGUCAAGAUUGAGGAGAAGAUGGCCAAGUCGCCGACCCGCGUCAACGAGUUUUUGGGCGACUUGAGAACUCGCUUAGCCCCUGGCGGUGAGAAGGAAGUCCAGAAACUCCUGGAAUACAAGAAGCGAGACUAUGAAGAGCGCGGCAUCCCCUUUGACGGCAACUUUUAUAUGUGGGACGCUGGUUACUACACAAGAAUCAUGAAAGAAAAGGAGUACAGCGUAGAUGAGGUCGCAAUCUCACAGUAUUACCCGGCAGAAUCAACAUUUGCUGGCAUGCUGAAGAUUUUUGAAGAAAUCUUUGGCUUUGUCUUUGUUGAGCUCGGCCCGGAGGAUCGAGCCCGACUGAGCCCCAGCGGAAAAGCUGAAGAUAUCUCCUGGCAUGAAGACGUCAUCAUUUACAGCGUCUGGGACGAGGCAGCCAAGGGCGGCGAGUUCUGCGGCUACCUGUACCUUGAUCUCUUCCCUAGAGACAACAAGUACGGCCAUUAUGCAAACUUUGGAAUCGAGCCCGGCUUCCUUACCGUGGAUGGAAAGAGAAGCUACCCGUCGACCUCCUUGGUGUGCAAUUUCAGCAAGCCAACCGCGACCAAGCCAUCGCUGCUCAAGCACCAUGAAGUCGUUACCUUCUUCCACGAGCUUGGUCACGGCAUCCAUGAUCUUGCUGGCCGAUCUCGUUUCAGCUAUACCCAUGGCACUGCCACCGUGGCUGAUUUCGUCGAAGCACCCUCUCAAAUGCUUGAGAACUGGUGCUGGACACCAAGUGUGUUGAAAUCGCUGUCGAAGCACUGGGAGACGGGAGAAGCCAUCCCCGACGAGCUUGUAGAGAAGCUGGUUAAGACCAAGCAUCUCAACUCUGCAAUCGGCGCACUGUCUCAGCUCGUUAUCGGUACUUUUGACAUGACCGUUCACGGCCCCAAGUCUCAAGAAGAAGCCAAAAACAUACACUAUGGCAGGCUGUGGAACCAGCUCCGUCACGACAUCUCGGGCAUCAAGGGCCCGGAGGAUGCCGGUGACACUCUGGAAUGGGGCAACCGAUAUGCCACCAUUGGUCACUUCAUCGGCGGUUACGACGCCGGCUACUAUGGCUACCUCUAUUCUGAAGUCUUUUCGUUGGACAUGUUCCAUUCCUUCUUCAAGAAGAACCCGAUGGACGGCAAAGAAGGCCGACGAUACCGCCACACUGUGCUGGAACGCGGCGGCAGCAUCGAAGAGAUGGAGUUUUUGAAGGAGUUUUUGGGCAGAGAGCCUAGCACCGAGGCGUUUUACGAAGAGUUGGGCAUUUCGGCCAAGUAA